AUGGCUUCGGCGCAGGUGAAUGGCUACAGGCCCGCUGUCGCGGAGCAAGAUGUACAAUUCGCAUUCUACGACCAGUGGCUGCAGCUGAGAGAGACCGUUCUAGCGGACAAGCACGCGCAUUUCAAGCUACCAGCUGCUGUAAGGCAGCGGCUCCAGCCUCAGACUGGACCAUCAUCCGCUGCCAGCUAUGCCUCAGCUUCUCAGCUACCUGGCCUUUUGAAUGCCUCAAGCAGUGAACAGGCAAUGUACAAUCCGUCACACGGUGCUGCUGCUGCCUCUCGUCUUGGGAACGCGCAAGCCUUCUUACAGAACACGUCUGCGGCAACAGGGACAACGGCUACCAAAAGCGGUAUUGACCCAGUACUGUUGACCAAGUCAGAGGACUUGAUAAGAGCAGAGAUGCAGCUGAAGAGACAACGCAUUGAGAGACAGCUCAAGGACACGGCAGAUCAGCGCAGGCAUACUCCCUUCUUCAAGAAUCAGGAAGAUAUGGCACCUCUUAUUGGUUUGACCGAGACCUUUGAGAAAGCGCUUGAGCUGGUCAAACCCGUCUCGGGUUUGAAGCCUCCUGCUAACACUCAAACUGCAGCGAAUGAUUCGUUCGACGAGAAUUCGUAUUACUCUAGCCAGGCGAACGAUUGGUCGUCAGAAGAGGGCUCUCCCAAGAAGAAAGCAGCAACAGGUCCGGCAAGUAGUGCUCCUCUUUCCAAGCAGCAUCCCGUCGGCGUUGAACUUGAUGACAAGCAGCAUCAAUCGAUCCAGACUUUUCAGCACCUUGACACCGAGGCCCUUUACGACGCUGAGAGAGAAGAUUCGGAGGAAUAUUCACCCCCAGAUGCAAACGCUUUCAGCGGACCUGAUGCUGACGCCGAUGCAAUGGAUCUGGAUGACGAUAGCAGCGAGUUCGUGCCUCAGGAAGCGCAUGUUCCCUCGCCCCAAGCACCCGUCGUCACCAGUCACCUCAGCCAGCUCGCUGCCCCCCAACCUGCUCGAGUCUCGCCUCUUACCCUUGUCAGACCCCCUGGUCUCAAUCAGUCCCAGACAAGCUAUCCCUCAGCGCCUAUCAGUCAGCUGCCUGCUUCGCCAUAUGCCUACCAAUCGUCUAGCGCCUUCCGCCAACAAUUCGAGUCCGACGAUUCGACCACUUCGCCUCGUAAUUCCGCUCACACCAGUCCAGCUGGUGCUUUCAAGAAACAAAGAGGAAAGGGCAAGAAGAGGAAGCGAGAGGCUGACAGGGAAGCGAGAGAAGCCCGCAAAAGCCGACCCAAGCCCAGCGCUCCAUCGCCUGAGCCGUAUAUCAAACCCGAACCCGUGUCACCGCCGCCGUUCGCUGCACCUACCACUUUGCAACCACGACGUACCCGCCCAUACCAGCUGCCGCCAGAUGUUGAGAUAGUUCCGAAUCCGAGACAAGCCUACUAUCAGGAGCCUCAACCUCCUCAUCCUCCAGCUAUGCAUUACGGUAUCGAUGGGGUCUCUUCUCCUACUGUCAUCAGGGUUUCGUCCCCUGCUGGAUAUGCCAGACCCAGAAGAGACGAUCAAGAUCUGCGUCGUGUAGCCAGUCUCCAUGCUGCACACCGUCCCAUGUCUCCUAUGGCCAGGAUAUCAUCUCCCGCCAGCUACCGCACGGUGUCGCAGCCAUUCCCUGAAGGCGCACCAAGGUAUGGCGAGGAGGUUAUGAGGGCUCCACAGAUGCAUUACAUGCGAUCGGAAAGAUCUGUAACUCCACCGCACCUUCGGGCUGCUAGAGAGGGACCAGCAUCUAUGAUGGCACCUCCACCGCCGCCGCCCGUUCGACGGAUUGUCGUGGAUCAAUAUGGUCACAGAUACUAUGCGAACGAGCCUGAAGUGCAGCCCAGGAUGUCAGUCGCACCCCAGCUCCGCCCAGAAAGCGAGAUGAUGUACGAACGUGCACCGAGUAGACAAUCUGUCGUGUACGCGAGCCAGCCUGGACACAGCGUUUACGAGGAUGAGCACGGGAUGAGAAUGGCGCCACCACCUCCCCCUCCGCCAGUGCGAAGAGUGGUUGAGCAAGCAGAAGGCGCACCCCCCGACUACCGUGCCUACAGACAGCGAGAAUAUUCUCGCGCUCCCGAGCCACAGUACUAUCGAGAGGAGGCUGCUGGACCAGUGUAUAUCAGGGAAGCACCAGGACCCAGAGCAUCAGUGUACCCACCGGAGUCUGCAACACCUGUGGGAUAUGCGCCACGGGCUUAUAGCGUACAUCCUGAGAUGGAGCCGGUCCGGUACAUGUCAAGACAGCCAAGUAUGGCACCACAGGGCGAAUAUGUACGAGUGACAGAGACAGGUGGUCGUGCAGCUACGAUGGCACCCCCUCCGGCACCUAUGAGGGCGGUAAGCGUUGUCCCAGGAUCUGAGUACGGACGCACUGUCGAUAUGAGAUAUAGCUACGGAAGCCAGGGUGCAGGUGGGUAUGCAGCCGCAGGGCCACGUUACGGCGAAGAAGCGGCGCCUCGGGAAAUAUAUGUAGAUCAGUACGGCAGAGAGGUCAGAAGAGUGGGAUAUUGA